AUGGUGACGUCGGCGCGAGAGGCCCGAACGUACGGGUCGAGAGUGUCGCGGCACCGGGCGGAGUACAUGAACGCGGGGCUCUACAUCUUCGCCACGAUCCUCCUCGUCGGCUGCUUCGUCGCGCAGUUCUCCGGCGAGCCUAGAUCCGGACUGGUGCUGCUGCUGUUGGGAUAUUUCGCGGUUAUAAUCGUGAACGUGCACGAUCUCUUCGCGCAUCUCGCCGCCAUCGAUUACCGGAUGUCGCUGAUGGAGUACGAUCUGCAGCUCGCUCUCGUCGAGUUUGCCGUUCCACUCGUUUACACCAUCUGCACUAUUCUUCUCUUCGUCGCCACACUUUUUCUCUUCAUACAGGCAGAAAAAGGAUAUGGAUUGUUAAAUUGGAGAAGCAUGCUUUAAGAAUGUUCAUUGCUGGUCCGGUCCUGAGGCUGGUUGGAUCAAUCCAUAAUGCCAGAUCUACGAGAGGUCGGAUGCUCAUAUUCAAAUCUUGCAAGAGGCUGUUCUUAUUCCUUUCUUGUUGGCGGGCGUGUUAUUUAUAGUCAGUGCAGUUAUCAAUUGUCUAGAACACGAUGCCGCCAUUCACCACGGCUUGGAAUUGCAGGUAAGUGCCAACCUGACAUCGCCUGACUUCUCUUGUGUAUAUGUAUGCCUUGUAGUAUAGGAUAUGUGUCUUGAAUUUACUUAAUUUCGAAGUCGUUUGUUCGUCAAUCAACUGAAGUAAUAGCCAGAUCUUGUUGUUGUCCUAAUAUUGAAUUGCAUACUUUCAAUUUGAGAAUUUCAUCUCAGUAUGCCAUGUCGGGAUUUGAAGGGCGAGACGUGCAUAUGGUUAUGCAUAAUUGCAAGUUCGACGCUCUUCAUUGGGGCGACAGUGAACGUAGUAAAAGUGUUCAAGAUGCAACAGCUUAAUGGGAUGAGACUGGAGAAGCUUCGAGGCGGAGCACAAGAGAGGCUCAAUGAGUUAACAGAAGUGCACAUGCCACUCGUGUCCGAAGAUUCUAGAAGGAGGAGGAUGUCAGAUGCGAAACGCUCCAGAAACGAAACGGCAGGGGACGUGGAGAAGGGUCGAGCAAUGAAGCUACCCACGCCUUACAAAGAUGUUCUUCUAUCUCAAAAGUGAGCAAAACCAUUUUUCUACUCUGCUCUGGUAUUGCUAGCGAAAGACAUGAACAUUUCUAGAAUUGAUUUUGAAACAUGUAUAUUUCACUCUUUACUUACUUUUAUCCUUCAAUACAUGUAUACUUGUCUCUCUUUAUUCAUUAAAAAAUAUAAAAUAAGAGAAGAGCUUCAUUAUGAAAUGGCGAAAACACAUGCAAAUACUUGUUCGAAAAUUGGAUGUUUGGUGCAAAUUUGUGGCCAAUUCCUUUUGGUUUGCAGAUGCAAUGGUGUUAUGUCGAUGGCCUUUGGU